AUGGGAAGGUCUCCUUGCUGCGAUGCAACCGGCUUGAAGCGAGGCCCGUGGACACCUGAAGAGGACCAAAAGCUCCUGGAUUUCAUUCAAAAACAUGGCCAUGGAAGUUGGCGUUCCUUACCAGAGAAAGCUGGUCUUCAAAGAUGUGGGAAGAGCUGCAGACUGAGGUGGAUCAAUUAUCUCAGACCUGAUAUCAAGAGAGGAAAUUUCAGUUUACGUGAGCAAAAGACCAUCAUUCAACUUCAUGCUCUUCUAGGCAACAGGUGGUCUGCAAUUGCUUCUCAUCUACCUAAGAGAACCGAUAAUGAAAUCAAGAAUUAUUGGAACACACAUAUAAAGAAAAGAUUAGCCAUGAUGGGGAUCGAUCCUUCUACUCAUAAGCCAGUGGUUGCAGCUCUUGGCUCUGCCAAUGGCGCUGAUCCGAAGAAGGUGUCAAACCUUACUCACAUGGCUCAAUGGGAGAGUGCUCGACUUGAAGCGGAAGCUAGGCUGGUUAGAGAGUCAUCAAAACUACGCCAAUAUGACCAUCAACCUGGCUUACCAGGGCCUGUUCCCACUCUGCAACUCAAAAAAAUAGCUUCCAGACUUGGCGCCCCGCGUUGCCUUGAUAUACUAAAAGCAUGGCAAAGAGUACAACUCGAGUCAAUGGUAAUCGACAACAAUGGCUUCGAUCAGGGAAGCAAUAAUCUUGAUUCUCCAACAUCUACACUGAACUUCUUGCAAAACCCAAGAGCAUCAUCAACCAAUAUUGCAUCGUUUCAAUCAAAUGAAGCGUUGUUCACCGCAUGCCAAGAUAUGGAGUUUGAAGGUGGAGAGGCAUGGAACAUGGGAACUUGCAAUAUUGGAGAUGAAGACUCGAUCAAAUGGUUCUCAAAUCUUCUUUUUAAUGGUUGUGAAAGCGAUCAUUUCGUUCAAUCAAACUUAGAUAAUGAUGGUAAUAAUGGAAGCAAUGAUGCAGGAGUACUCAGCGAAGAUGAUGAGCACAACAACUAUUGGGAUGAUAUUUUUGAUCUAGUUGAUUGCGGACAUAAUAUUUGA